AUGAGCAGCGAUAUUGUCUUGAUCGCGGAUAACGGCGUUGUCGUUCAGAUGUUUUAUUUGCGAAUGCACUCAUAUAACAGUUCCCAGCAUGACAUAAACUGUGACAGACGCUUCGCGGAGCUAAUCCCGAGGAUGUUAAUCACAUGGAGAGUAUUCUUGCUUCUCCUGCACGGGACUGCAAGCAAGGUUCUGCACGUAGUGUGGAUGGUUCCCGAAUAUUACCCAGAAUACAAUAUCUCCGCCAGUAUAGGGACAUUAGCGAUGGCCUUGAAACGAAUACAGACCGACCAACUGCUUCCGGACUACGAUCAUUUCAACAUCACUUGGCUUGAUACUCCAUGUGAUAGUCAAAAAAGCAUUGGACUUCUUACAGAUCACCUGAUUAAGUAUCAUACCACUGACGUCAUUAUUGGCCCUCCGUGCACGGAAGCAAUGGUGCCUGUAGCUGAUCUGGCUGCCUACUACAACGUGCCCAUUUUUAGCUGGGUGACGAGACAGUAUGUUUUGGAUGACAAGACUAAAUACUCAACACUUGUCCGAUCCAGACCGCCAAUCUCAUCACUAGUGGAAAUGUUUUACGCGAUCAGCAUCCGAUUUAAAUGGAAGCGUGCAGCCAUGGUCUACACCGAUGAUCAAAGAUCAACACGAACUCUUGCCCAGUCCAUAAUCAGAAAGUUUGACACGUAUAGACAAUUCAAUCUGGUCGAAGAAUUUGCUAUGUCUCUGAAUUCAUCCCAUGAAGAACUCCGUCAGAUGAUGAAUUCUAUUAAAGGAAUGGCACGAAUAAUUUUUUUAAUAAUACCCCAUGCCGAACUCCGCCAAUACAUGUUGGCAUUCCACGACCAGGGGAUGACCGACGGAGACUAUCAGUUCCUGUUUACUGAGCUGGCCGUCACGUCAGUGCGCGUCUACCGGAGUGAGCUCGUGUGGAAACGAAACGACGGCCACGAUGACGCUGCGCGCCAAGCUUUCGAGAACAUACUGAUUUUUACAUUUGCACAUGUACUGGGAAAUAAUCCCAAUUGGGAAGCUGCAAACGAAUCGUAUGAAGAGAUAUUUAGCGGGUCUUCCUUACCUCGUCCUGUUCAGCCCGAUGGACAUUCAGCAUUUCUCUAUGACGCCGUCGUUCUCUUUGCUAUGGCUUUGAAUGAAACUAUUGCAGCAAACAACAACGCCACAGGAACAGAGAUCUUCCGUGCAUGCGUGUACAAGCUUUUCGAUGUUGGCUCAUUAAUGCGGAAUGCGGAACUCUAUUAA